ACAAGUGCCACACAGAGAAAGACAGAUUCACCUUCAGACCGCCUUCAGACCAGGCUACCCCCUUCAGACCAGGCUACCGCCUUCAGACCAGGCUACCCCCUUCAGACCAGGCUACCGCCUUCAGACCAGCCUACCGCCUUCAGAGCAGACCACCGUCUUCAGAGCAGACCACCGUCUCGAGAGCAGACCACCCCCUUCAGACAAGGCUACCGCCUUCAGACCAGGCUACCGCCUUCAGACCAGACCACCGUCUUCAGAGCAGACCCUUCCCUUCAGACCAGACUACCUCCUUCAGACCAGGCUACCGCCUUCAAACCAGACUACUGUCUUCAGACCAGGAUUCCAUCUUCAGACCAGACCACCACCUUCAGACCAGACUACCACCUUCAGACUAGGAUACCACCUUCAGACCCAGGCUACCACGCAUGAAUGGACUUUCUGUCUCUUUCACCCAGAGACUAAAUGGCUUCCAGACCAGAGGAGGAUUUCCGUUGUCCGGUCUGUCAGGACGUCUUUAGAGAUCCUGUUGUCCUGUCGUGUAGCCACAGCUUCUGUAGAGACUGUCUGCAGACCUGGUGGACAGAGAGACCAAAUCGGGAGUGUCCAGUUUGUAGGACAAGAUCUUCAAAGUCACGUCCACCUUGUAACUUGGCGUUGAAGAACCUGUGCAGGACCUUCUUACAGCAGAGAGACCAGAGACCUUCAGAGGCCCUCUGCAGUCUGCACUCAGAGAAACUCCAACUCUUCUGUCUGGACCAUCAGCAGCCGGUGUGUCUGGUCUGCAGAGACUCAGAGACACACUCCAAUCACAGAUUCAGACCCGUCGAUGAAGCUGCACGAGAAAUCAGGAAGGAGGUCCAGGAGAGUCUUGAGCCCUUCAAGGAGAAGUUAGAGGGGCUGGAACGAGUCAAAGUGGAGUUUGCUCAAACAGCAAAACACCUGAAGGUCCAGGCCCGACGCACAGAGACCCAGAUUAGGGAUCAGUUUAAGAAGCUUCACCAGUUUCUAGAAGAGGAAGAGGAGGCCAGGCUGGCUGCACUGAAGGAGGAAGAGGAGCAGAAGAGUCAGAGGAUGAAGGAGAAGAUGGAGGCUCUGAGCAGAGAGAUAGCCGCUCUUUCAGACUCAGUCCGAGCCACAGAGGAGCAACUGAGAGCUGAAGACAUCUCGGUCCUGAUCCACUACCAGGCUGCGGUGGGAAGAGUCCAGCAGCGCCCCCUGCUGGAGGAUCCACAGCUGCUCCAAGGAGCUCUGAUAGACGAGGCCCAACACCUGGCCAACCUGGGCUGUAACAUCUGGACCAAAAUGAAGGACCUGGUCUCCUACUCUCCUCUGGUUCUGGACCCCAACACUGCUCAUCCAAGACUGAUCCUGUCUGAAGACCUGACCAGUGUGAGCCGAGGAGGACAGAGACAGCAGCUCCCUGGCAAUCCAGAGAGGUUUAAUAAAUAUGGCACUGUCCUGGGCUCUGGGGGCUUUAACUCAGGGACUCACAGCUGGGACGUGGAGGUUGGAGACAGUCCAGGAUGGUUUCUGGGUGUGUUAGCAGAGUCUGUGCAGAGGAAGGGACGCAUACGGUCUGGAUUAUGGACAAUAGGGUUCUACAAAGGUAGAUACUCAGCCUGGUCACCACCGGAUCCAUCCACUGGUCUCGUAGUGCAGAAGCAGCUCCGGAGGAUCCGAGUGACCCUGGACUGGAACAGAGGUACUCUCUCGUUCUCUGAUCCUGAUAUGAAGACGCACAUACACACCUUCACACACACCUUCACGGAGAGGAUGUUUCCGUACUUUUACACUGAGAAAGAACUGAUGAUAUUACCACUAAAGGUCUGCGUCAUCCAAACAGCUGGUCCAACACGGCAUGUAGUUUGAAGGUGGAGAUGAUUACACGUGCACAUUUAUACUGUUUACCUCCUGAAAGAGAACGGUCUGUCCAUCUAUCUACGCCAAGCAGUGUUUCCAUCUCAGUGAAGACAUUACCCCUGAAGGUCUGUGUAAC